AUGGCACCAGGCAAAUCCAUCUGGGAAGGUUGGAUGUUGAAGAGUGAGGCCCUGAGGCGAGAUGUGAGCACCUGGCUAUUGACCUGCACCUGUAUUUGCACCUGUGUCCACUUGGGAGCCUCUGUCCUGCAGGAAGGAGGAGAGCCAUGGGCUGGAACAUUCACCUGCCUCACCAACAACAUCCUCAGGAUUGAUUGCCACUGGUCUUCCCCGGAGCCAGGCCAAGACUCCAGCCCUUGGCUCCUCUUCACCAGCAACCAGGCACCUGGCAGCUCUCAUAGGUGCAUCUUCCAGGGCACCGAGUGCACUGUGGAGCUGCCACCCGAGGAGGUGCUCGUGCCCUCUGACAACUUCACUAUCACUUUCCACCACUUUAUCUCGGGGAAGGAGAUGGUCAGUCUGGUGGACCCUCAGUACCUGCCCCGGAGACAUGUUAAGCUGGACCCACCCUCUGACUUGCACAGCAACAUCAGCUCUGGGUACUGUAUCCUGACCUGGAACAUCAGUCCUGCCUUGGAGCCGAUGACCACACUUCUCAGCUAUGAGCUGGCUUUCAAAAGGCAGGAGGAGGCCUGGGAGUGGGCACAGCACAAGGACCACAUUGUUGGGGUGACCUGGCUCAUACUUGAGGCCAUUGAGUUGGACCCUGGUUUCACCUAUGAGGCCAGGCUUCGUGUCCAGAUGGCUACCCUGGAGGAGGACAUGGCAGACGGAGCGCUGUACUCUGGCCAGUGGAGUGAGUGGAGCCAUCCGGUGUGCUGCUCCUCCCCUGGGAGACCAGACCCCCUGCUUCCACUCUGGGUUCGGCCAGAUAGCACUCUUAUUGUUGUGUCCAUCUUUCUCCUGAUGAGUGCCUUGACCUACCUCCUCUUCAAGGUGUCGCCCAGGGUGAAGAGAACUUUCUACUGGAACGUGCCUUCUCCGACUGCAUUCUUCCAGCCGCUCUACAGUGUGCAUGGUGGGAACUUCCAGACCUGGGUGGGCGCCCACAGAGCCAGUGUACAGCGGAGCCAGGACAGCACCCCACAAGGAGUCUCAGAGUCUGGUGUCCAGGAUGCCAUUGCGAUGCUCACCUUUGGCCAGCAGUCUGCAGGCAUGGAGAAGGAGGAGGAAGAGGGCAGUGGGACCAGCCUCCUGGGGGCUCAGGGCUCCAAGGAUGUGCUGCCAGAAGGGUGUACAGAAUUGGGGGGAGAGCCACCUGCUUACCUGCCUCAGGAUGACCGGAUUCCUAUAUCCUCCACCAGGCUGGCUCCCCAAGACUCAGAAGAUGGCAGUGACUAUUGUCACUUGGCCUUGGGCUGCUGUGAAGGGCACUACCCCUCAGCCUUCCCAGGAAACUUGCAGAUCCCUGGGCUCAUCCCGGCCUUGCCCUCUGGACUUUCUUGCAGCUAG